UUAUGAUCGUCUUUGGCCUUCCUGUUUGGAAAAGAAAUACCUUCUACUGAGAUCAAGAAAAGUGGGACCGUUUGACUCACCACAAUGAACUUUAUAAAGGACAACAGCCAAGCCCUUAUUCAGAGGAUGGGCAUAGUGGUUAUAAAGCAAAUCUGUGAUGACCUAUUUGCAUCGAACGUUCUCAACGGGGAAGAAGUUGCCAUCAUUUGCAGUCAUCGGGUGGAGCAGGACAGUGCACGAGACAUCGUCCAUAUGAUUUUGAAGAAGGGCUCAGCGGCCUGCAACCUCUUUCUUAAGAGUCUUGAAAACUGGAAUUCUCCUGUGUAUCAGGACUUAAUUGGACACAGUCUUUUUCAUCAGAACUUGGAAGAAGACUUGGAUGUUCUGGCCCAGAGUCUAAAAGACUUCUACAACAGCCCUGUUUUUAAGAACUUCUUUCCUCUGGGUGAGGAUAUCGACAUCAUUUUCAAUCUGCAGAUCACCUUCACAGAACCUGUCUUGUGGAGGAAGGACCAUCGUCAUCACCGAGUAGAGCAGAUGACCCUGGGCAGCCUGCUGGAGGCUCUGAAGAGUCCCUGCCUAAUUGAAGGGGAGUCUGGCAAAGGGAAGUCCACCCUGCUGCAAAAAAUUGCCAUGCUCUGGGCCUCUGGGAACUGCCCAGCUCUGAACCAGUUCAAAUUGGUCUUCUUCAUCCGCCUGAGCAGUGCUAGGGGUGGCCUGUUUGAAACAUUGUCUGAUCAGCUCGUGAACAUACCUGACUCCAUCAGCAAACCAACCUUCAGGGCUCUGCUGCUGAAGCUACACAGAAAAGUCCUCUUUCUCCUCGAUGCUUACAAUGAAUUCCAUCCCCAGAACUGCCCAGAAAUCGAGGUCCUGAUAAAGGAAAACCAUCGUUUCAAGAACAUGGUCAUUGUCACCACCACCACGGAGUGCCUGAGGCACAUCAGACACGUUGGCGCCCUGACUGUGGAGGUGGGAGAUAUGACCGAAGACAGCGCCCGAGUUCUCAUCCGGGAAGUGCUGAUAAAUGAACUGGCUGAAGGCUUGUUGCUCCAGAUCCAGGAGUCCAGGUGCUUGAGAAAUCUGAUGAGGACCCCUCUCUUCGUGGUGAUCACCUGUGCCAUCCAGAUGGGCAGUGAGGAAUUCCAAGCUCACACUCAAACCAUGCUCUUCCAAACCUUCUACGACCUCCUGAUACAGAAAAACAGGCACAGACACAGUGGUGGCACUUCAAGUGAUUUUGUCAGGAGCCUAGACUACUGUGGAGACCUGGCCCUGGAAGGUGUGUUCUCCCACAAGUUUGAUUUCGAACUUGAGGAUGUGUGCAGCAUGAAUGAGGACGUCCUGGUGAGAACGGGGCUCCUCUGCAAGUACACGGCUCAGAGGCUGAGGCCCACGUAUAAAUUCUUUCAUAAAUCCUUUCAGGAGUACACAGCAGGUCGGAGACUCAGCAGUUUGUUGAAGUCCAGAGAGCCAGAGGAGGUAAGCAAGGGGAAUAGCUACUUGAAGAAAAUGGUUUCCAUCUCCGACAUCACAUCCCUGUAUGGUAAUCUGCUCCUGUACACUUGUGGGUCAUCCACAGAAGCAACCAGGGCCAUCAUGAGGCACCUUGCAAUGGUAUGUGAGCAUGGCAGCCUACAAGGACUUUCUGUCACCAAGCGGCCUCUCUGGAGACAGGAGUCAAUACAAAACCUGAGAAACACCACUGAGCAAGACGUUCUGAAAGCCAUCAACGUAAAUUCCUUUGUAGAGUGUGGUAUCAAUUUAUUCUCGGAGAGUAUAUCUAAAUCAGAGCUGAGCCAAGAAUUUGAAGCUUUCUUCCAAGGGAAAAGUUUAUACAUCAACUCCGAGAACAUCCCUGAUUAUUUAUUCGACUUCUUUAAAUACUUGCCUAAUUGUGUAAGCGCACUGGACUUCGUCAAGCUGGAUUUCUAUGGAAGAGCGACAGAGUCCCAGGACAAGGCGGGAGAGAACGGCUCUGGAGUCCACACGGAAGGGCCCUCGGAAACCUACAUCCCCAGUAGGGCUGUGUCUUUGUUCUUCAACUGGAUGCAGAAAUUCAAGACUCUAGAGGUCACACUCCGAGAUGUUAGCAAGUUGAAUAAACAAGACAUCAAAUACCUGGGGAAGAUAUUCAGCUCCGCCAGCAACCUCAAGUUGUAUGUCAAGAGGUGCGCAGCCGUGGCGGGAAGGCUCAGCUCAGUCCUCAGAACCUGCAAGAACAUCCACUCGCUCAUGGUGGAAGCUAGUCCCCUCACCACGGAGGACGAGCAGUACAUCACGUCUGUGACCGACCUCCAGAACUUAAGCAUUCACCACCUCCACACUCAACGGCUGCCAGGUGGUCUGGCUGACAGCUUGGGUAAUCUGAAGAACCUCGUGAAGCUCAUCCUGGAUGACAUUAGGCUGAACGAGGAAGAUGCUAAAAGCCUAGCGGAAGGCCUGCGAAACCUGAAGAAGAUGCGUUUACUUCAUUUGACUCGUUUGUCUGACAUCGGGGAGGGGAUGGACUACAUAGUCAAGUCUCUCUCGGAAGAACCCUGUGAUCUACAAGAGAUGAAGUUGGUGGACUGCUGUCUGACCGCAAAUUCUCUGAAAAUCCUAGCACAGAAUCUUCACAAUUUGGUCAAGCUGAGCGUUCUUGAUAUGUCAGAAAAUUAUCUGGAAAAGGCCGGAAAGGAAGCUCUACAGGGACUGAUCGGCAGGCUUGGCGUGCUAGAACAGCUAAGCGCGUUGAUGCUGCCUUGGUGCUGGGAUGCGUACAUCAGCCUGCCCAAUCUGCUGAAGCAACUGGAGGGGACCCCAGGGCUCGUCAAACUUGGAUUGAAAAACUGGAGGCUCAGAGAUGAAGAGAUUAGAAGUUUCGGUGAAUUUUUGGAGCUGAAUCCUCUGAGAGACUUGCAGCAGUUGGAUUUAGCAGGACAUGAUGUGAGCAGUGACGGAUGGCUUUCUUUCAUGGAUGCGUUUGAGAAUCUUAAGCAGUUGGUAUUUUUUGACUUCGGCACUGAAGAGUUCUUACCAGACGCAGCACUGGUGAGGAAACUCGGUCAAGUGUUAUCUAAGCUAGCUCUGCUGCAAGAGGCAAGGCUCACAGGCUGGGAGCUUGAUGACUAUGACAUAAGUGUUAUUAAAGGCACCUUUAAACUAGUGACUGCUUGAUGUACCCCAAGCCACCAAAUACUCCGGGGACUCUGCCACUUUCAGCAGAUCAUCAGAAACCACGCAGAAGCUCGGCUGCAGAGCUGGCUCAGGGGUUAAGAGCAUUUGCUGCUCUCAGGGGACAUAGGUUUGAUUCGCAGCACCCACAAGGUGGCUCACAACCGUCUGUAACUCCAGUUCCAGGGGAUCUAAUGUCUUCUGAUCUCUAUGGGUACCCUGCAAGCAAAACACUCGUAUACAUUAAAUAAAAUGUUAAAAUACUUAAAAAA